AUGAGCCAGUUCUCUUCUUCUGAGUCGUCUCAACUGACUUCGAAUGCUACUCACAGAGGAGUUCCAAGUAGGUGCUGGUGUGGUCACAAAAUUACAACGUAUACUUCAACGACAGAUGAAAAUCCGUAUCGGAGGUUCUAUAGAUGUGUGCAGGGCGUGAAGAAACAAAAAGAGAAACACUUGUUCUGUUGGGUUGAUGAAGCUCAUCUAGAGGAGAUUAGGAUGGUUGACAAGAAACAUAACAAACUCGUAGAAGAUGUCAAUAAUAUACGAAAGAUGAUGAUGGAAAAUGUAGAAGUCCAAAAGAAAAUGGUGGAGGAUAUGAACACGAAGAUGAACGAGAAACUGAAUGAGAUCAUUGAGCAAGAGCUAAUGGUUGCAAAAAAUGGUGUGGAGAAGUCGAGCAUGAAGACUCUUUUACUCGUGACUGUGGUAGCUUCAAUCGCAUGGCUUUGUGGAAAGGUUUUCUAA